AUGGCUGCCACGGCGACUCGAGUAGGCAGAUCGUGUCUCUACCGCCGGUCGGCCUGUGAUCUCGAUGGAGGACGAUUCUUGAUUGAAGCUCUCCGCGAUCCUUCACAACUGCAUCGCCCGUUCCACCUAAACGUCCGCCUUCGACCACAACCACAAUUAUACCCACAAUUACAAUCACAUACGCAGUCACAGCAGCGACGAUGCUUUUCAAAUACAAGGAGGCUAUUUGAAGAACAGAAGGAACACAAGAGCAAGAGCAACGAGAGAUUCACAUCCCGACUGGGCAAAGCAUGGCGUUCCACAAAGAUAGAAUGGAAGCCCAUCCCCAUCGGCCUGGGCAUCGCCUUCCUGGGCAUCUUCCAGUUUGCGCGCAUGCAAGGCCGAGAAGGCGGUGCGUACGGCGACGAACCGCGGCCGCCGAAGCGGCAGAGGAUCUACCCCUCCGGCGGCGGCUGGCAGGUCCAGAUCAUGUCGACGCUGCCACUCAAGGCCAUCUCGCGCGUCUGGGGCCGCUUCAACGAGCUCACGAUCCCCUACUACCUGCGCGUGCCCGGGUUCAAGCUCUACGGCUGGAUUUUCGGCGUGAAUUUCGACGAGGUCGCCGAGCCCGAUCUCCAUGCCUAUCCUAACCUGGCUGCCUUCUUUUAUCGGGAACUCAAGCCGGGGAUUCGCCCACUGGAUCCCAACCCCAAUGCUAUACUCUCCCCUGCAGACGCUAAGGUUCUGCAGUUCGGGACCAUCGAGAACGGCCAGGUCGAGCAGGUCAAGGGCAUGACGUACAGCGUUGAUGCCCUCCUAGGGAAGAUCGCGCCACAGUCGCCGAACCCACAAGCCCCGUCUCAUAUCUUCGGGCACUCGUCGUCCAAAGUCAAGGACGCCCUGCAGCAGCAGUCCAAAGCAGACACGUCUGAAGACAUCUCCGCGGACGAAGAGUUCGCCAACAUGAACGGCAUCUCGUACACUCUGCCAGACCUGUUCUCUGGCGGCUCGUCGUCGUCGUCCUCUUCGCCGACCGAAUCCUCGACCAGCCGGGACGCAUCCACAAAGUCCGCUCCGUCCUCCGAAGCCGCCGUGUCGGCCGACCUGGCGAGCACGCAAUCGCAACAGCAACCAUGGUGGUCGCCGUUUUCGCAGCCCGCGCGCUCGUCAAGCCUGUACUACGCGGUCGUCUACCUCGCGCCAGGCGACUACCACCGCUUCCACUCGCCCGUCAGCUGGGUGUGCACGACGCGCCGCCACUUCGCGGGCGAGCUGUACUCUGUGAGUCCGUACGUGCAGCGCACGCUGCCGGGCCUCUUCACGCUGAACGAGCGGGUCGUGCUGCUCGGCCGCUGGAAGCACGGCUUCCACAGCUACGUCGCCGUCGGCGCCACCAACGUCGGCUCCGUCGUCAUCAACUUCGACAAGGAACUGCGCACAAACUCGCUCACCACCGACACCGAGGCCGACCGCCAGGCCGCGCUGGCCGCCGAGCGCGGCGAGCCCUACUCGGGCUUCAGCGAGGCCACGUACCAGAACGCGAGUAAAGUCCUCGGCGGCCAUGCGCUGCGCCGCGGCGAGGAAAUGGGCGGCUUCCGACUGGGCAGCAGUAUCGUGCUGGUCUUCGAGGCGCCCGCCGGCAAGGAAGGCAGGCCCGGCUUGAAGUGGGCCGUGGAGAAGGGCCAGAAGAUCAACAUGGGCCAAGCUCUGGGCUAUGUGGUGGACGAGGAGUAG